UCCUGGUGCUCAACAAACAGCGGAGCCUGGCCCUCGGGCAGCAGCCGCGGCAGCAGCAGGAGGAGCAGGAGGCGGGAUCACCCCCGUAGCGCCCCCCCAGCCCGGCCCGCGGGCCGGCCCUCCCCGGCGCCCCGCGGUCACCAUGCCUUGGCUGGGGAGCGGGGCGGCGGGCAGCAGGCUGCCUGGAUGCCGCUGCUCCUAGCUGGACAGCCCCGCAAAGAAAGAGACCGAGGGGAGUCUGGUAAAGUUUUGGACAGUGCUUUCCCAAGAGGUGUGAUGAGAAAUGGCUUUAGGAAACAACACCCAGCGAAGUUAUUCCAUCAUCCCAUGUUUCAUCUUCGUCGAGCUCGUCAUCAUGGCUGGGACCGUUCUGCUCGCCUACUACUUCGAGUGCACUGACACUUUCCAGGUGCAUAUCCAGGGUUUCUUCUGUCAGGAUGGAGAUUUGAUGAAGCCUUACCCAGGAACGGAGGACGAGAGCUUUAUUUCACCUCUGGUGCUGUAUUGCGUGCUGGCUUCGACCCCGACAGCUAUUAUUUUUAUCGGCGAGAUCUCCAUGUAUUUUAUAAAAUCAACCCGAGAAACCCUGAUUGUCCAGGAGAAAACUAUCUUGACCGGAGAGUGCUGUUACCUGAACCCAUUACUACGAAGAAUUAUACGGUUUAUAGGGGUGUUUGCAUUUGGACUUUUUGCCACUGACAUAUUUGUAAAUGCUGGCCAGGUAGUGACUGGGAACUUGGCUCCUUACUUCCUGACGGUGUGUAAACCCAACUACACGGGGAGCGACUGCCGGGCUCACCAUCAGUUCAUAAACAAUGGGAAUAUCUGCACCGGGGACCUGGAGGUGAUUGAAAAGGCAAGGAGAUCCUUUCCAUCCAAACAUGCUGCUUUGAGCAUUUACUCAGCCCUUUAUGCCACGAUGUACAUCACAAGCACAAUUAAAACAAAGAGCAGCAGACUAGCAAAGCCUGUGCUGUGUCUGGGGACCCUCUGUGCUGCCUUCCUCACCGGGCUAAAUCGAGUUUCCGAGUAUCGAAACCACUGUUCGGAUGUGAUUGCAGGCUUCAUCUUGGGAAGCGCGGUAGCGUUGUUUCUGGGAAUGUGUGUUGUCCAUAACUUUAAAGGAACACAUGGAGCUCCUUCUAAACCGAAGCCUGAAGAUCCCCGAGGGAUGCCCCUCAUGGCUUUUCCAAGAGUGGAAAGUCCCCUGGAGACAUUGAGUGCACAGAAUCACUCUGCCUCUAUGACUGAAGUAACCUGAGCUGGAAGAUGGCAAGAGAAGUUAUUUUUUAUUACCCUUCAGUACAAUGCUCCAAGACACACAGUUACUAAAUGUCCAACGGUGACAACCAGUAUUAUGUUAUGUCUAGUUAGAGGCUGAUGUUUUGUACAUUUUUUGUAUGAGGAAGUGAUGUAGCUUGCCCGGAUUUUUUUGUCAGCUUUAAUAUAUUUAUGCCAGAAUUUAAAAACAAAACACAAACAAACAAAAAGAACCCAACCUCUUUUCUUGUUUAAAGUGUGCACUGAGGAACUACAUCUAUGGACUUGUUGAUGUUGUUAUGUGAUAUUUGUACACAGACUUUUCUUUUUUUGUUUUAUAUACAUUGAAAUAAAAUAAUUAUAAUAAUUCACUUUUACCUUUUGUUAUCAUAGGAAACACUUCGGACAAAGGGACAGAUUCUGACGUCAGGAAUCUUAGUGUAAAUCUGUAUUAGCUGCAUAAAGAUACUUCAGAUUUGGCUGAGAUCACGAAUCUAGCCCAAAGGGUACUGACAAGUAAUACACCCUCAGGCUCUGAUUCAACAAGUUACUUAAGCAUGUACUUAUCUUUAAGUAUGGGAAUAAUCCAGUUGAAACUGAUGGGACAACUCAUGUGCUUGAAGUUAGGAAGGGCUUUAGAAUCUUGCUGUAUCAGGGCCUGAUUGAGCUGGGGCAGGAGGAAGAUUGUGCUAGUUCUUAGAAAAUAACUAAAAUAAUAGGGUCAGUGUUUGUAAUUGAUUUUUAUGAGAAUAAGUUGGUCACUUUAAAAAAUGCUCGACUAUUCUGCAACGACGACCCACGGUACUCCAAUUGACAAUAGCAUUGGUGCAGGGCCCAGUUCCACCCUCGGAUAUACGCACACAACUCCUGCUUGAAGUAAGAUAUGCAUAUUUAAGGGCAGAAAUAGGGCCAUAUGGGCUUGAGGGCAUUACUGUGGAUUUGCCCCGGAUUUUUCUUAGGUGGGAGUGUCCAUGUUUCAUAACUGCAUUAUAGUGUCAUAACAUGAACCUUGCACUUAAUCGGUGACCUUCGUUACACUGGUGCAAAUGAAAAGCAAAAUCACUAAAGUCAAGGGAGUUACUUGGGAUUUGGACUGGUGUGACCAAGAGGUCAAUUUGGCGCUGAUGAUCUCCAUGGGAUCUGGCACGCUGUUUCAUUCUGAGCCUCCAAUGAGCCAUAAGAAUAAACGGCACAGGCCAUAAUAGCUGAGUCUGCACUUUUUGUAAAUGAUAUCGUCCAGAGUUUUUAACAAACCUGCUCUUCUACAAUUUGCACAGUAUUGUUAGAAAUAAACUAAGGGGACCCUCUUUAAAACAAACAGAA